AACACAUACCAAAAUCUAAGAAAAAGGGAGGGAAAAAAGGAGAUAUAUGAAGAAAGAAGAGAAAAACUUUAUAGCAAAUGAAUAAAAACACCAUUAUGAGGCUUUACAUGGCACAAUGGCAUUGCCUCUCAUCAUCUCUUUAAUACUAUCUCUCUCCCGCUGGUUUUAGAACCCCAAGAACAAGAUUUUGAACUAAGAUUCGCGGUUGUUUGUGUGUUGGUUAGGUUGUUGGGAUCUGUGUUGUUCCUUUCUCUUUCUCCCUCUCCCUCUCCCUCUCUCUAUUUUCUCAGACACACACACACUUAGAUACACAAAGGCCAUUAUACGUGUAGUAGACACAAAAUUUUCGGUAUCUCUCUAUAUUUGGGGUCACACAUACAUAGGUAAUGGCACAGUUACCUCCUAAAAUACCAACCACACCCCAAAAUUGGCCAUCUUUUCCUCAUCAAAGGGUACCCUCAAUGGCCAACUUCAACCCCACAACCUCAACCACCACCAUCGUCACCACUACAACUCCCCCACCGCCUUCAUGGGUCGACGAGUUUCUAGACUUCUCGUCGGCCCGGCGGGGUGCCCAUCGGCGAUCUGCCAGCGACUCCAUUACGUUCCUCGAGACACCGUUUCUCGAGGAAUGCCGAACCGGUUUCGACCGGCUCGACGAGGACCAGCUCAUUUCGAUGUUCUCCGAUGACAUUGCUGUGGCGGCGCUGCCUCCGCCGCCGCUGUCGUCGGUGUCCAACCCCUCCUCGCCGACCUCCGACCAAAACAGCAGCGAGGAGAAGCCGAUAGCAAUGGCGCUGGACGUGAAGCCGAAGACGGAAAAUGUUGAAGAGGAAAGCUCGAGCAAGGAUGAGGAGGCGGCGGCGCCAUCCUCCGUCACCGCCACCUGCACUGAAAUCGUUGUUGAUCCCAAGAGGGUCAAAAGAAUUUUGGCUAACAGGCAAUCAGCUCAGAGGUCAAGGGUAAGAAAGCUACAAUACAUUUCUGAACUCGAAAGGAGCGUAACAACUUUGCAGACGGAGGUAUCAGCAUUAUCACCGCGAGUUGCAUUUCUGGACCAUCAACGUUUGAUUCUUAAUGUCGACAAUAGUGCCUUGAAGCAACGCAUUGCUGCUUUGGCCCAAGACAAGAUUUUCAAAGACGCUCACCAAGAAGCAUUAAAGAAGGAAAUAGAGAGACUAAGGCAAAUCUAUCAUCAACAGAACCUACAAAAGAUGAACAACAACAACAACAAUCUUCAACAAACUCCACCAACAUCACAGCCACAACAACAACCAAUGCAACUUCAUCAUCAUCGACAGCAGCAGAUAACAGUGUCUCAAACAUUGGGAUGCAAGGACAACAAGGAGCAGCUCCUCAGUUGAGGGGGAAGAGACAAGGAAUAGUGCUGUGGAUGAAUGAAUGUCCCUUCAUGCUAACUAGAAAACUUUCACGUGAUGUGUUCCCCAUCAAUGUGUUGGUGUGGGGGCACCCUGACACAGUGAUGGGGUUGGAGGGUAGGAACUUGACAAGUGGAUUAAUUAGCUUGAGAAUAGGUUGGAGAAUUUUUUAUGCUUUCAAGGUGAAAAUUGGUUAUAUCUUGGGGGUUGGAUUGGGAUUUUUGGAUUUGAUGAUUUCUUCAGAUUACACUUUUGGUUUUUUUUUUCUUCUUUUGUUAACAGAAAAAUUAUUCUCAUUGAUUUUUUAUUUUGUUGGGUGGAAUAAGGGGACAAAGCAUCGUGGUUUUGUAUUGGGAUAUGCAUGGAAGCUGUCAGAGAAUUAUUUUUCUCCUUUUUUUUUUGUUUGGAGGAAGGGGGUGUCUGAUCGCAGUAUUUUUCUUGUUUUUCUUCCUUUGGAGACUAAUUGUUCGCAUUUAAUUUGGAUGAAUUGUACAAAAUUUUAAUUAAGCCAGCUAUAACAUUUAUUCUUCUACAUA